AUGCGCAUCCAGAAGCGACAGGCUUGGGGCAGGAGAGGCGCUGUGUCCACCUCGACUGGCGAACAGCAGAGCGACCACGGCAGCAGAAGAGUGGUGCUUAACCUGUAUCGGAGUCUCGUGUCAACGUACUCUUUCUCUUCAACUAUCGAUGCUGCGAUUUUCCUCAUUCCGUACGAGCACGUCGCAACAGGCUUUUCCGAUGCGACGCUUGAGAUUCGGGACAAGAAAGCGUUUGAUCACUUUGCGGGGGACAUGAUAAGACUCGCUCAGGUUCAGUUUGAGAUUGGAAGUACACUGACCAUCCACGUACAAUUGCUCGGGGCAAUCGUAACUUGGAGCGUCUCGGACGUUCCGUUACGGAAGAAAAUUAUGUUUAAAGGGAUGAAUGGACUACAGGACAUGCUCAUUGAUCAGGCGGGCAUGGAAAACUCGACAUAG